AUGGAAUCUUCAUUGAAAAUCAAGGCCAUCAUCGCAGAAGAGCAAGGAGCUCCUGAUGUCUUCAAAGUCGGAGAGGUCGACUUCCCUUCCAAUGAAGGUAAGGAGAACUAUGUGUGGAUCAAGACAGAAGCUACUGGGAUUAACAGAGCUGAAACUAUGCAGAGAAAAGGACUCUACCCAUCCAUCCCAGGGGAAACUGAUGUAAUCGGGCUGGAAGCAGCUGGAUAUUUAGUCAACAGUCAGGAGGAAUAUACUUCUGGAGAGUACAAAAAUAAUGAAAGAGUCAUGGCAUUACUCCCAGGUGGUGGCUACUCAGAUAUCGCAAGAGUUCAUAAGGACCACUUGAUGAAGAUUCCUGAGAAUCUAUCUUUUGAGGAAGGAGCAGCUAUUCCAGAGACAUGGCUUACUUCUUUCCAAUUGUUGUUCUUGGUAGCAAGUGGAAAGGAAGGACAAACUGCUCUUAUCCAUGCAGCUGGGUCUGGUAUUGGAUGUGCAGCUAUUCAACUCUGCAAGAAAGUAGGAAUUACUACCAUUGCAGUUGCAUCUACUAACGAGAAAUUGGAACUCGCCAAAUCAAUUGGAGCUAGUCAUGGUAUUAACUACAAAGAGAAUGCUGAUUUUUCAACAUUGGUACAAGAAUACACUGGAGGAAAAGGAGUCAACAUCAUUCUUGAUUGCGUUGGAGCUCAAAACUUCGAUUACAACAUCAAGUCAGCUGCUGUAGACUGCCAAUGGGUUUUGUAUGGAUUGAUGGGAGGUCCCAAAGUCCCAGAAUUUAACCUCAAGAGCUUCAUGGGUAAGAGAAUCCAAUUGCUAUGCUCAACUUUAAAGACUAGAACUAAUGAAUACAAAGCAGAUAUGAUCACUAAGUUCUCUGAACAAUUCUUGCCACUCUUCGAGACUGGAGAGCUGAAGCCAAUCAUUGACAUUACUCUGAAAUACAGUGAGAUGAAGGACGCCCAUGAGUAUAUGGAGAGCAACAAGACACAAGGAAAGAUUAUAUGCACAAAUGAUUUGUAAAGAUUCUCUUAAAA